CAUUCCACUUCCCGGCCAUUCUUCGACUUGUGUCCUCUCCUCCAGACCUCGACAACCACCACGGCCACAGUCUCCGAUUUGAUCGCGGAUGAUCUGGGCAAGUAAUACUCGAUAAUAUUCACCAGCUCCCAAAGAUCAAGCUACUACCAGCACCCCCGCUCUACAGGGCUAUUUCUCUGCUCUUCCACAAUACCGUCGCACUCUGUUCCCGGUCGAUCGCGCAACGCUGCGCCCGCCGCCGCACACCAUGUCGACGCAACAGCAAGCCAUGAUCAUGGACACCAUUGUGUCCAUAAGGAAGACCCUCAAAAGGAAAGCUUAUGAAUCCGACUCCGACUCGUCAAUCGACCACAACACGAACCGAGGCUACAAGCUUAAGAAACGCGCACGAUUUGUCAAACAGGGCCGUCUUGCAAACUCGAAUGGACCGGCCGCCUACAAGGAGUGCUACCAGGUCGCCGAACAUGCGGGCUAUCAGCGCGCCAUCAUCAACCAGAACCCGCCUCUCAUCGACGAGGACGGCUACGAUAUCGAUAGUGACGAUAACGAAGAGCGCGUCCAGGAAGCAAUCAGCGCUACCAUGGAGGAGAACCCAUACGCUUCGAUCCUGUUAGAACGUGAGUGGACACAAUAUGUGCUGUGCUCGUCGAUGUGAGUCGACGUGCUAACAUCAAUCUCGACAGAACUUCUCGCGCCCCUUACAUCCGUCACCGACCUACCGAAUCACCCGACACUAUCGCGACCAUUCAAAUCGAAAGCCUUGACC